GCUUCCACUUAAGAGAAGCUCAAACCCACACAAACUCGAUUCAAUUCAAAACAGAGUCUGAAAAAAUGUUCAUCGAGAGCUUCAAAGUCGAGAGCCCGAACGUGAAGUACACGGAGAAUGAGAUUCAGUCUGUGUACGAUUACGAGACCACGGAGGUCGUUCACGAGAACGUUAACGGUGCUUACCAGUGGAUCGUGAAGCCUAAGGUUGUCAAAUACGAUUUCAAAACCGACACUCGUGUCCCCAAAUUAGGGGUUAUGCUUGUGGGUUGGGGAGGAAACAAUGGAUCAACCCUCACCGCCGGUGUAAUUGCCAAUAAAGAAGGAAUCUCGUGGGCGACCAAGGACAAAGUGCAACAAGCUAACUACUUCGGGUCGUUAACACAAGCAUCGUCUAUUCGUGUCGGAUCCUUUAACGGCGAAGAGAUCUAUGCUCCUUUCAAGAGUCUCGUUCCAAUGGUGAAUCCGGAUGAUGUUGUGUUUGGAGGAUGGGACAUAAGCGAUAUGAAUUUAGCAGACGCAAUGGGUAGAGCCAAGGUUCUUGACAUUGACUUACAGAAACAGCUCAGGCCUUACAUGGAGAACAUUGUCCCACUCCCUGGGAUCUACGACCCUGAUUUCAUCGCUGCUAAUCAAGGCUCACGUGCCAACAACGUCAUCAACGGUACCAAGAAGGAACAAGUCGACCAAAUCAUCAAGGACAUGAGGGAGUUUAAGGAGAAGAACAAGGUGGAUAAGGUUGUGGUUCUGUGGACGGCUAACACAGAGCGUUACAGCAAUGUGGUCGUGGGGCUAAACGACACGAUGGAGAAUCUUAUGAACUCUGUGGAUAGGGAUGAGUCUGAGAUCUCUCCUUCCACGCUUUAUGCUAUUGCAUGUGUUCUUGAAGGUAUUCCUUUCAUCAAUGGAAGCCCUCAGAACACCUUUGUUCCGGGUCUUAUUGAUUUGGCUAUCAAGAACAAUGUUUUGAUCGGUGGAGAUGACUUCAAGAGUGGUCAAACCAAGAUGAAAUCUGUCUUGGUUGAUUUCCUUGUUGGUGCAGGCAUCAAGCCUACUUCAAUAGUGAGCUACAAUCACCUAGGGAACAACGAUGGAAUGAACCUCUCAGCUCCACAGACAUUCAGAUCUAAGGAGAUCUCCAAAAGCAAUGUUGUGGAUGAUAUGGUUGCUAGCAACGGUAUCCUCUUCGAGCCCGGGGAACAUCCAGACCAUGUAGUUGUCAUCAAGUAUGUACCGUAUGUUGCAGAUAGCAAGCGAGCCAUGGAUGAGUAUACAUCAGAGAUAUUCAUGGGAGGCAAGAACACAAUUGUCAUGCACAAUACCUGCGAGGACUCUCUCUUAGCUGCUCCAAUUAUCUUGGAUCUUGUUCUCCUCGCUGAACUCAGCACCAGGAUUCAGUUCAAAUCCGAGAAAGAGGGGAAGUUUCAUUCUUUCCAUCCUGUGGCCACCAUACUCAGCUACCUCACCAAGGCACCGCUCGUGCCGCCGGGAACACCGGUGGUUAAUGCGCUGUCGAAGCAGCGGGCUAUGCUGGAGAACAUCCUUAGGGCGUGUGUUGGACUGGCGCCGGAGAACAACAUGAUCUUGGAAUACAAGUGAACAUGAAGCGUUUAAGAAUCUUUAAUUAUCCCAUAAUAUAAGACUUCUAUGUUUCUUGUUUUUUUUUCUAAAUAUGUUUUAAGAUAUGAAUGCUUGUGUUUUCAGAGAUCAAAGAGCUUUUAGAUUGAUCUUUGUAGGGUACUAGGGUGUGAAGUUACCGGUGUUUCUAGUAAUCCAGAUGGGCUUAGUAUAAUGUACAAGUGUUUCUAGAUUGGACCAUAAUUUCAUAUCGCUUUUAUGAUUCA